AUGACAGGGUCACGUGGACUGCUGUGUACUUUUCACUCGGAGCCACCGGAGCGGCGCGCCGCCACGGACGAGUCGGGGAAGGAGUUCGUCGACAUCGUCUACGAGAAGGCCGUGGGAGAGGGCAUCGCCAAGAUCACCAUAAACCGGCCAAAUAGAAGGAACGACGCUAGAGAUGAUAGUUCCAUUGGAGUCAUCAUUCUUACAGGCAGGGAAGGUACCACUACCACCAACGCUAGAGAUGAUAGUUCCAAAAAAACAAAAGCAUUUCCGCGUCCAUGGAGGAUAAUGGAGCUGGGUUUGCUCACUGUCGGUGUCGGAGAUGAGCUUAUUUUCGAUGUUUUGGCUGACCAGGGAACCGAGGCGUUCUGCAGCGGCGGUGACCAGGCGUUAAGAGAUUCUGAUGGGUAUGUUGACUUCGAUAGCUUCGGUCGCCUCAACGUUCUAGAUCUCCAGGUGCAAAUUCGUCGUCUUCCAAAGCCUGUUAUUGCUAUGGUUGCUGGUUAUGCUGUUGGUGGUGGGCAUGUUUUGCAUAUGGCUGGUUACGGGUCUUCAAUAAUGUCCCGGUUGGUUGGACCAAAGAGGGCCCGUGAGAUGUGGUUUCUGUCGCGGUUCUAUACAGCUGAUGAAGCCGACAAAAUGGGACUUGUGAACAUUGUGGUGCCAGCAGAUCUUAAGGAACAACCCCAUGGCCAUCGGGUGCUGAAAUCUGCACUCAAAGCGGCUGAUGACGGCCAUGCAGGUCUUCAGGAGCUUGGCGAGAAUGCCACCCUGAUAUUCUACGGCACUGAGAAAGCAAAGGAAGGGAAGAAUGCGUACAUGGAGAGACGACGCUCGGAUUUCUCCAAAUUCCCACAGAAACCUUGA